CAAUAACAAAGAGUUGUGUUCUUGAAAAAAAAUCCAAAAAAUGGGAAUCAUAGUUCCAGUUUUGACCCUUGUUUUCCUCCUACUUACUAAAGUGAACCAUGCUGCCUCCAAGAGGGUGAUCCUGGUCGGUGGAUCUGCGGAUUCGUGGAAGGUUCCAGGUUCUUCCAACGACACUCUCAAUCACUGGGCCGAGAACAAUCGUUUCAAAGUCGGCGACACUCUCUUGUGGAAGUACGACGCCAAACUAGAUUCUGUAUUACAAGUGACAAAACAAGAUUACGAUAGUUGCAACACAACAGCGCCAUUGAAGCAAUAUAAUGAUGGAGACACAAAGGUCAAGCUGGAAAACUCAGGAGCUUAUUUCUUCAUUAGUGGCGCUCCUGGUGGUAACUGCGUUAAAGGCGAGAAGAUUACUAUUAUUGUUUUGUCUGAACGCAAACCUGGUGACGGUGGUAGCGAUGGUGACAGUCCUAAGGUUUCUCCGGCUAGUGCUCCAGUUCCAGCUCCAGCUCCAGCUCAUGCACGCCGUAACGCUGCGGUUGGGUCCGGUGUGGGAAGCGGUUUGUUCUUCACCGCAAUUGCUAUUGGUUUUGCUAUGGCUUAG